CAAUCAAACAACAACGAAACAAUCCAAUUCCACCAAACUUUCCCCUUUUUCUCUCUCUUUCUCUUUCUCUCUCGUCUCUGUUUAUGUUAGUAUACUUUGUUGCUCAGUCCAAAUCGUACGUAGAAGAAGAAGAAGUCUAGAGCUGGUAGAGAAUAUGGCCAUAGACGAAAGCGGCCUAGCCAGACGGCUGUGGUUCAAGUUCAGAGACGACUCUGUUUUCUCUCUCUACACUCCCUUCUUCGUUGGCUUAGCCUCUGCUACUCUGCACUCUGAAACUACCUUUCGCCAUUUCAUCUCUCAGGACCUCCAUUUUCUCAAAGCCUUCGUUCUCGCAUAUGAAUUGGCGGAAGAUUGUGCAGAUGAUGAGGACGACAAGAAUGGUUUACGCGAUUUGAGAAAACGUGCCGUUGGCAGGCUUGAAAUUCACGACACAUUUGUCCGAGAAUGGGGUUUUGAAUUCCCAAAUGAGGACAUUUCUAAAGACAUUGCAACAACCAAAUACACAGAUUUCUUGCUUGCAACAGCAUCAGGGAAAAUUGAAGGAGAAAGAUCGGUUCUGGACAAAAUCGCAACCCCUUUCGAAAAGACCAAAGUUGCUGCAUAUACACUUGCUGCUCUGGCGCCUUGUAUGAGACUCUAUGCCUUCAUCAGUACAGAGAUCCAGGGCAUUAUAAGUCCUGAUCAAGAUAGCACUCACAUUUACAAAAGCUGGAUAGAAAAUUAUUCGUCUCAAGUUUUCGAGGAAAUAGCCCUGCAAAAUGAAGACAUGCUAGAUAAACUUAGCGUUUCUUUGACUGGUGAGGAGCUUGAGAUUAUAGAGAAGCUCUAUCAUCAAGCUAUGAAGCUUCAAGUAGAUUUUAUUGCUGCUCAACCAAUUUCUGAUCACCAAUCUGUAGUUCCUUUGUCUCGGGUGCAUGACUUUAGCAAACGCCAUCUUACGAUACUUUGUGACUUUGAUUUGGCAUGCACUGCUUUUGAUUCUGCUGCCAUAUUGGCUGAGAUUGCAAUCAUAACAGCACCAAAGGCUGAUAUGGAUGGAUCUGAUCAAACCCAACUUGCUCGGAUGCCAUCAGCAGAUUUAAGGAGCACAUGGGAUGUUCUUUCAACCCAAUACACUGAACAAUUUGAACAAUGUGUAGAAAGCAUUUUGGCCAGUGAGAGAGUGGAAGAAUUCGAUUAUGAACGUCUGUGUAGCGCGCUUGAACAACUCGCGGAGUUUGAGAGAAAGGCAAAUGAAAGGGUGGUUCAGUCAGGAGUGUUGAAGGGUUUAAAUGUGGAGGAUAUAAAAAGGGCUGGCCAGAGCCUCAUUCUGCAAGAUGGUUGCAGAAGCUUCUUUCAGAAGAUUGUGAAGAAUGAAAAUCUGAAAACUGAUGUUCAUGUGCUUUCAUAUUGCUGGUGUAAUGACCUCAUUGUAUCAGCUUUCUCUUCAGGAGAUUUGAAUGUCUUGAAUGUACAUUCAAAUGAGUUGGUUUAUCAAGAAUCUGUCACAACUGGUGAAAUUGUAAAGAAGAUGGAGUCUCCCAUGGAGAAGCUUCAAGUCUUCAACGACGUCCUAAUCGACCGCAGGAGCGAAGGCAAUAAACACUUGACAGUUUACAUUGGAGGCUCAGUGGGUGACUUGCUGUGCCUGCUUGAAGCAGAUAUAGGCAUUGUUGUUGGUUCAAGUUCAAGCCUAAGGAGACUAGGUGAUCAUUUUGGUGUUUCCUUUGUCCCGUUGUUCUCUGGCUUGGUGAAGAGGCAGAGAGAACUUGCUGAUCAAGAUUGUGCCUCUAAUUGGUGGAAACCAUUGUCUGGUGUUCUUUAUACAGUGUCUAGUUGGGCUGAAAUACAGGCAUUCAUUUUGGGUACAUAAAAGCCACCUCUCUCUCUCUCUCUCUCUCUCUCAUCUUUUCUCGAAGAGAAACAACAUAGUAUUAGUAGUAGGCUAUGCGUAUAGAAAGUUGGUGGCUGUAUUUUCAAUUGAGUGCCACAGGGCAGCCCCCCUUUUUCUUUUAGGGACUGCCCCAGAAAAAAAAAACACUAUCCCUUUGGUUACUUAUUUAUUUGUGUUCAACUUCAGCUUUCUUUAGAUUAUUAUAUCCUUCAGGUUCAAGCAAGUUGGUGUUGAGAAAGAUUUCAAUGGCAACUUUCUGGCAGGUGAGAGAAAGAGAAGAAGAUGUAAUAUAAAUUUGUUUGUCUGUGAAAUUUGCACAUCAAACACAUAUUAUUCUUUUUUUCACACCUUCCAUUUGCUUCUGAUGAUAUGUUGGAACUUGGAUUGGAGAAGCAAUUUUGGAAGUAUAUAUGAUAUAAACUUGGCUACUGUUUGCCACAUGGCA